GCCUAACCACUCCCUGCACGUUUUGGAUCUAGCUGCUGCUGCUACCUUGGGGGAACGGGUAAAAUAGUGUAGAAAAGAAACCGACGUUUCAAAAUAAGAUAUUAAACCAUGGCUUCAGAUGAUCCCCUUAACACAAAUACCACCUCCCAAGAUGGAGGUCAAUGGCCCGCUUCUGGUCCAGCAACCAAAUUUGAGUUAGAACGUGAAACUGAGCUGCGUCUGGAGGUGGAAGGCCCAGGUCCAGUGAAAGUGGAACUGGUUUCAGGCCUGGCUGAGGUGUUUGGAACAGAACUAACCAGAAAUAAAAAAUAUACAUUUCACCCAGGAAGUCGAGCAGCUGUUUUUACAUGGCAUGGGUGUGUAGUGCAACUUUGGGGAAGUCCAGAUGUAGCUUAUGUAUCUAGGGAUACUCCUAUGUUACUCUACCUUAAUACGCAUGUGGGAUUGGAGCAGAUGCGUGUACAAGCAGAGAGAGAGGGAGAGCGUGGGCCUAGAGUGCUGGUGGCAGGCCCUUCUGAUGUAGGUAAAUCCACUCUGUGCCGGCUGCUUCUAAACUAUGCAGUGCGUCGAGGUCGAAGGCCUACGCUUGUUGAAUUGGAUGUGGGGCAGGGCUCCGUGUCUGUGCCAGGAACUGUAGGCGCAUUAUGUGUGGAGCGGCCAGCUGAUGUGGAAGAGGGUUUCUCUGCUCAAGCACCUCUUGUGUACCACUUUGGAUCUACUACCCCUGGAACCAAUAUAAAGUUGUACAACAAGCUCACAUCUCGUCUGGCUCAUGUCUUUAACUUGCGAUGUGAUUCUAAUCGUCGAGCAUCAGUGAGUGGUUGCCUGAUUAAUACCUGUGGCUGGGUAAAAGGAUCUGGAUAUCAAGCACUGAUUCAUGCUGCCUCAGCCUUUGAAGUAGAUGUGGUAUUGGUGCUGGAUCAAGAGCGUCUUUAUAAUGAUCUCCUACGGGAUCUGCCCCAUUUUGUGCGCACUGUGCUGCUCCCCAAAUCUGGUGGGGCAUCUGAGCGUUCAAAAGAGUGUCGGAGAGAGUCCAGAGACCAGCGGGUGCGUGAAUAUUUUUAUGGACCCCGUGGCUCACUUUACCCUCAUGCCUUUGAAGUGAAGUUCGCAGAGGUCAGGGUAUACAAAGUAGGUGCUCCAUCUAUCCCAGACUCUUGUCUUCCACUUGGAAUGUCUCAGGAGGAUAAUCAGCUAAAGCUGGUGCCAGUUACACCAGGCAGGGACAUGGCACAUCAUCUGCUUAGUGUGGUACCAGUAGAUGGGGGAGGAGAAGAAGGUGUGGAAGAAAGGAGUGUGGCUGGUUUUAUUGUUAUUACUGGAGUGGACACAGAGAGACAAGUUUUGACUGUGCUUUCUCCUGCACCAAGACCGCUGCCCAAGAAUGUACUACUUAUUAUGGACAUCCGAUUUAUGGACCUUAAAUGAUAAUUGACGGUUUGGGACAGGAUUUAUGAGUGAGGAGUAUAACAUAGAUGGAAGAAAUAUAGGCAAUCGCAAGACAGCUGUUAGUGAGACAUUCCUACUAUUGAACAUCUUUCAAGAAUGAGAGAAUAUGUUUGGACAUUUUAAGUAAUGUAGUGUUUUGUGUUGAUGAUUGAAGGAAUAGAUCAGAAAGGUGUGUGAGUAAUAACUGUUUUAAUUGGUUAUUUCAUUAAAAUAUUUUUAUUUUU